AGGUAGGAAGGGACAGCAGCAGUAGCUGGGAGGGGCCAUGUCCCCUGCCCCACCCAGCAGGUGUCCCUGGGCAACCAGGGUGGCUUCUCUGUGACCUUGCUGUGGAACCAGUGGAACCGGUCAGUGUGCACCAUGCUGUGCUGCCUCCUGCUCCUUGCCCUGCUGCUGGGGGCUGCCCUCCCACAGCCUGUGCACCAGAGGAACAGCUACUCAGUUCCUGAGGAUUUCUCUGCUCCCCUGGAGCUUCCACAGAAGCACUUCGGCCUGGUGGAUGAUUACGGCAUCAAGCCCAAGCAGCCUGGCUUCAGGAUGCGGGCGGCCCUGGCGCGGCCGGUGGAGCUGCGCAGAGCCCGCAAAAGCAAGCGGGACGGGCUGGACCUGCUGGAGUACUACGAGGAUGGGCGCCUGUGAGCCAGUGUGCCCCUGUGCCCACCACAGCCCCCCAGGUGAGGGCUGGAGCAACAGCUGCCAGAAGGCCCUUU